CCCUGAUCUUUCUUUGUUGAUUGGAGAUUACACUGAUCUGAUCGACUGAACGAAACGAAAUGGCAUCGACUUCAGCAGCCGCAUCAUCCGCAUCGACGACGACCACGGGGACCGCACCCCGCGACGACGAGCUGACUGCUGCGUUGGCCGAGCUCAAGGGCAUUGCGCAACGCGACGCAGCACUGAGCCCCGAGGUGCAGCUGGCGCGGUUGACCAACGAAGCGACCAAGCACACAUCGCUGCUCAAUCCAUACGAAGUGCUCCAGCUGCCGUUCGAGGCCAGCGAGUCUGACAUCAAGAAGACAUACAGAGCGCUCUCCCUGCUUGUGCAUCCCGACAAACACGCCGACAAUCCACAGGCGCACGAGGCGUUCGAAGUCGUCAACAAGGCAUACAAGUCCCUGACCGACCCAGAGCAGGCUACUAAACUCAAGAUUAUUGUCAGUGAGGCCAAGCUCAUGGCGGCAGAAGAGCUCAAGAGGCGUCGCAAGCCACCAACAGCCGCCUCUGCUCAGCAGCAGCACCAGAUUUUGAGCUCGGGCGUUGCCAUCCUUCCCGGCGAGGCAGACGAAGUGAUUCUGGACAAGAUGGCGCGUGCUCAUGCCACUCUGCUAUUUGUUGAUCUCGACCGCAAGCGCAAGGAGCACGAUGCCCGCGAAGCAUUGAACAAAAAGCGAGCCCGCGAGCUCGAACUCGAAAUGGAAGAGUCGCGCAAAAAGCUGCUGCUCUCCAAACAGGCAAUGGACGAUAGUCGAGAUGACCGAGUUGCUUCGUGGCGAACAUUCGUCGAGACGGGCAAAAAGUCUGGAAAGACCAGCACGGGCGCCGCAAAAUCCGUGUCGAAAGGGUUUGGCCGUGGAAUGCGACCGCCAAAACUGCAGCCCGAGGCUCGCACUGAAUUCUCACUUCGACAGCAACAAGCGAGCGACCAACUGCAUGGCGGACCAACAGAAUAAGAACAUCUUGAUUUUUUUUUUCGUUUUUUGUCGGCCUGCCUUGUCUUUCACGAUGUCCUGGUGUUAGAGCAGUGAACACGAUUUGGCUACUUUGCACACUUGUACUUGUACGACAAUGCUCACACGAGAAAUGAACACAGUCGACACACACAAAAACACC